AAUUUAACGUUGUUAUUAUUGUUGAAUAAGAUAAUUGUAGGAAGUUAAAAAUUGAUUGCAAUUACAGAUAUCAGAUCAGAAAUAAUUACAACAUACCUAAUAGAAUUUUGCUUUGAAUGUGUGUUUUACUUAUAAAUUUUAUAGAAGGUUUUCAUCACGCAACAUUUAUUAAAAAAUUUAAUUUAAAAACACGGUUUAACAUUUAUGCAUUCAUAUAAAAAAUUGCGAGCCAUCAGUUACCUAACAAGAUUUUCCUAAAUUUGUACAAAAACGAACUAACUUUUUUAAGACCGUUUAAAAUAGAAAAGCAAAUACUAUAAUUCAAUUACAUGUUACACUUUACUACUUUUAAGAGGUCCACUUUUUCGUGAAGUACCAUAACGCUUUUAUAAACAAUGGACGGCAUAGAUUUAUAUUAUUUUCCACCAAGCCCCCCUUGUAGAGCCGUCCUUCUUUUCUUACGUGUUUUGGGACUUACUGUUAAUCUUAAAUCGCUAAAUAUUGUCAACGGAGAUCAGAUGAAACCAGAGUUUUUAAAGCUAAAUCCUCAACAUACCAUACCGACAUUAGUAGACCAUGAUUAUGUUCUUUGGGAAAGUCGCGCAAUUCUUAAAUAUCUGGAAGAUCAAUAUGAUAAAGAGCACAAAUAUAUACCAAAUGAUCCAAAAUUAGCUGCUAAAGUCGAUCAACUUUUAUACUUCGACAUUGGCACGCUGUAUCAAAGUUUGAUGAAUUAUUACGUGCCCGUGCUACUUCACGGGGAAAAACCGAACGACGAACAAGCUGAUAAAGUUAAGGAGGCCUUGAAAUUACUAAAUACGUUGCUAGAAAAUAGCCAGUGGGUGGCUGGGCCCCAAAUGACGAUCGCCGAUUUUUCAAUAAUAGCAACCGUUUCAACCGCCGACGCCGUUGGAUUUAAUAUAAAAGAUUUCCCGCGCGUUUCUGAAUGGUACGAAAAAAUGAAGAAAACGUUACAACCGUAUGGCUAUGAAGAAGUAAAUCAGAAAGGAGCUGAUCUAUUUACACAACUCUUCCACUCAAAAAUAAAAAACAAACAAUAAAUAAUAAUUUAAAAGGUGUUCGUUACAAUUAGGUUUUCGGUUUCAUAGUUGUUUAAAUAAAAUUAUAGGAAGCCAGAGUACAUAUUUUUUUUGUACAUUUUAUGCAAAUUUGCUUCUCAAAAGUUAGGUGACGUCAAUACUAAACUUUGACUUGUUAGUAAUACUUUUUUUUAACGGGC